AGUAAUUUUGAAGCAAAAUCAGGAGGCGAAAGUCAAAAAUCUCCUCGAGUCGAUUUGAUCUGGAGUUCAUAACUAGAAACCCUGCGCCUCGGGGGAGCGUACAUGUGUGUGUUCCUAAUGUAAAAUGUUGCAGUGAAUGCAAUCGAUAUCAUGUGUUAUAUGAUACAAUUUAGCAGUGAUGUCACCUGGUUAUUAUCCUCUCGGUUACAUGGACUGAGCGAUCAAUAAGGUGGACGUUGUGUGUGUCCCCUGUGCAAGAUUGGGUAUUGUACAUGUUGCUAAAAGGGUGUGUGAGCAGAAAUGUGUGCAGGCAGCCUGUUGUCCAAUACAUGUUUGAUAUUAACAAACAUAAACAUACUCCCAAUUCCCUCUCUGCUCUCCCACUCGCAUGCACAACCCAGCCUACAUCUGCACACACUCACCGAACAACAACACCCUCCAAGGAUAAUAUACAGCUCAGUGCUUUACCUCCGCCGAGCAGUAAUCCCAACGCCUCCUUCUCAUUUUUAUCUGCUCUCUUCCAGGCGAGGCCGACCUGACUAAUCAUCCGAGGUGUCAAGCUGGUACCUGUCCGAUGUCCUCUCUUCCCACACUGUGAUGUGUCAUGGCUCCGGUGCUGAGUGGAGUGUGGUGGGGGCCGGAGGCCGGCGUGGUCGGCUCGGGGACGGCGGCUGCCGCCGGUGUGGCGUCGUGGCUGGGCAGCGAGCAGCUGGUCCUGGUGGUCACCCUCAGCGUCCUCACCGCGUUGCUGCUGGUCUCUGUGCUGCUGCUGCUGUGUGCUAGCUGCCAGGGGCAGAAGAAAACAGUGAAUGGACAUCCAGCAGGAGACCACGAAAACCUCAUGAAUGGGGUGUCAGAGAGAGAGACCAUCAGCCAAUCAGCAGACAGUCCAGUGACUGACGUGGCAAUCAGCAGCUCUCACAAUGGUCCUCUCACCAGCGGUACAAUCCUCACAGACACACAGGACACCAGUCCCCAGUUGUCAGAGGAGAUGCUCUCCAGCCAAUCAGAGCUCAGGUCCUCCAAGUGUCCUCAGGACCGCGAGCUUCCCAGCAUCCCUCCCAACAACGCCCUCAUCGGGGACGGGCCCCCAGCCUCGGGGGACAGCACCUAUGAGGUGGUGAAGGAGAUGGCGGCGGCGUCCCGCGACGUCAGCGUUGAGGACUCCCUGUACGAGACGGUCAAGGAGCUCAAAGACCCGCCCGCCAAGCUCGGCCUCCCCAACGGUACCGUCCGGCUGAGCCCCGACGAACCUCCGCCUCACCCGCCCGCUCUCCUCAACGGCCACCUCAGCCCCUGCACGCCUGAGCGGGGGCCCCUGUGUGCCGGGGUGGAGUACGCCUCGGUCGACCUGAACAAGAAGAGCCGCCACAGCGUCGACAUGGAGGCCAAGAGGCGCUCAGACAACGCCGCCGCCCCGUCAAACAAGCCCAUGGAGGAACCGGAGGAGGAUUUACCUCCACCGGUACCGGAGAAGGUUCUGGAUGAAAAUGACAACCAGCCAGGGGUGAUGAAUGGCCUGGUGGGGGCUGGGCUGCACAAUGGAGAGUUACACUCCCCUCUGUCUCCUGCACCGGGGUUCGACAACCACGUUCUGUCAGACAAUGAGUCGGAGGUGUACUCUACGGUCGACAAAACAAACUGUGACGAUGCCGUCAACGAGGAAGACAAAGAGCACGACUACAGCAGCAUCGCAGAGAUCAAAGGUCUGGUCCCGGCCUCCUCCUCCAGCGACCUCUACGCCACGGUGCGAGACAUCUACUCCCAACCCGACGAGCCCCACUCGGGAGGGGAAGACCCCGCCCUGGACGGCACGGAUCCCGGCUACGAAACCAUCCGCAUCCCAAAGACUAGCAGCUCGGAUGACGACCACAGGGCCGGUCUGGGGGCGGAGGGGUCAGACGUUGCCAAAGCCGAGCCCGACUACGAGAGCGUUGCGGAGUUGGGUCUGAACCGAGAAACGUCCCGCCUUUGAGUUUUUGUUUUUCUCAUCAUCUACAUCUGUGGCGCUUUUUGGCGAAUCUUCCCCAAACGGUGCAUCUUACAGUUACAGUCACUGCAGUGCUUUAAACUCGCUCUCAGGCAUGCUUUUGGUGCAUGACUUGUAGGGGAGAGAAAAAAAAAAAACGGCACACCAGAGCAUCCAUCAUCAAUGCAUGAGCGUCCUCAUUACAGCCCCGGUACGGUUUAUCAUAUCUGAUUAAUUUAUCAAACAAGGUGAAUGUCAUUGGUACUGGUAGGCCUUAACAACACUUGAUUGUGGGAAAAAAAAAUCAAAUAAAUAUCCAAUCACAACACUCCAUUUUAAGGGUUAGCUGAGGACACUAUUGAUGCCUGUGAAAAAAAAAACACAUACCAAGAAUUCAGUGCCAUAUGCUCAUGAAUUUCAUGCACUUACUGUACAUGUGAAGGUAAUAUUAUUUGUAUGUCCCCUCUGCAGCUGCUAGUCUUUCCAGCUUUUUUUUCUCCAGGUGACUCAGUGUCAUGUUUUAUUGAGGUGUCAGAUGGUGUGUUUCGAGGCUGUUCCUCGUCAGGGUUGGCAGCACCUCCACUGUGCAAGAAAUUCCUGUGAAAAAAAGGUUCUUGGCACAAAAAAGAAAAAAAAAACCUGAUGUGCGGUUAGUAGAAACAACGGUAGCAUUUGAUAGAUAAGAUGUGACCGCUGCAUACACGUCCUUAUGCAAAUGUAUGGGCUUUAACAAAGCACAGGGUCAGACUGUUCAUCUGCAGGACCGGCUCGCGGUUUUAAAGUACAUUAUGGAAGCAUUUUUUAGAGGUUUUACAGUCCAUAUCGAUGAUUUUUUUUUUUUUUUUUGUGAAAUUCAUAUUUAUUUGAAGAUGCAUAUUGUUGUGUAAUUGUGAAAUGUUGCAGAGUGUGUAUGUGAGAGAAAAGUGACUAGGCUUUUAUAGAAGUUUCUAGUGUUUUUACUGAGAUACUAAACGAGAGUGACUCGCGAGGUUCACAGCAGUUAGGUACGCUUCCCCCUCGACUAUUUAAAGAAUUCGCUGUUUUAAAAAAAAUAACAAAGAAGGAGCUUUUUUUUUGUUGUUGUCAUUUUGCACACAGGUCGAAACCAGUUCAGAAGAUGUGAUAAAAAUGACACGAUAAAUGUAAUGUUGUAUAUUUUUGGUUACCGUGUUUUUUUUUUUUUUGUUGAGUCUAAUCUUGGUACAGUCUUCAGUUGGCAUUAAAGCACAGUGUUUAAUACGACGGUACUGCGUUUAUACACAGGUUAUGAAAAGCAUCGUUACAAGCUAGUUACAUUUCUGCACAAUUUGAACAUCUUAUAUAAAAAAAGAAAAAGAAAGAAAAAACAUAUCUGUCUGUUUGUAGCUUGUACUGACGACAUGCCGACCAAGGCCUGUAUAUAGUUAGAGCACUAUUUUAACCAAUUGUUACUCAAUGGAAAUUUUAUGUAUUUGUACAAACGUCCAGAGUGGUAUAAUUUUAAAAGAGCACUGAUGUAUGUCUGACUUGCUUUAAGGGAAACCCAAUGUGUCCAAUGUCUUCUUUUUUUUUAUUUGGCGUUUCUGUUCUGACAAGUAGUAACCAAUCAGAUGUCAGACACAUGGUACAGCUCUUUUGGUACAUAGCAUUUGAAGAAACGUGUGGUACUUUUAUUUUUUAAAAAGUCUCAAUACUGUUGAUUGAUUUUCAAAGGGCCUGUGCUUUUUUUUUUUUUUGCUGUAAAUAUAUUUUUCAUUGCUACAGUAUCUAUCCCCCCCACCCCCCACCCCUUCGCAGAAAAAUUGGUGUCAUCUGCUUCCACCCACGUCAAAAACAUUACAGCAUUACAGUAUCUCAAGCCUUAGUUCAUGUUUUAUUAGACGUGCUGGAGCUUGUUGCAGACAAACACAGCCAGUCCGCUCUCACUGCUAUUGGAUUCAUAAAUGAUGGACAUUUGAAAUGCUGUUAUAUCUCUCAGCGUUGCUUCAGCGAUAGAGGAUUUUAAAUGAAAUCUGCUCUCAGUGUUUUCAAAUAAAAACGAGGCUCAUUUCUGCAAAGAGGUAAUUAUCAGUGUUAUUUACACUCGCUCACUUAAAAAAAAAAAAAAGAACGUGACCAUUGGAAUACAUUGUCAAGUGACACGGCUGCAUAUCAGCGUGGUGCCAUCAGAUACAUACAAUAGUGUUCACAGAGUGCUAUAAAUGACCUCUAAGGAAAUGAUCUGCCAAAGGGGGAUGUUUUAGUGCCAAAUCUAAUCAGGACAACACACACGGACACAGUUAAUAGAUACUUAGCUAAAAUCACUUAUUCUCUCUAGCUAGCUGUCUAUGUCGGUCAUAUAAACACACACACACACACACUCAUGCCCCUCCAGGGAUUGGGGGUGUGGUAGGGGUCCGGAGAAGCUCCCUCGCUGCUCCACUCCUCCCCUAAUGAGACCAUUUGUUCCCCCCACGUUACAACCAGCAGACGACUCGAUGGUGACACCCGCCUUUGAUCAAAGGGCAAAGCCUGUUUUGGCAGUUAUGGCCACAUCUGUCACUCCACUCUGUCCGGUUUCCAUUCUCUGCAUGUAAAUAUUUUAUGACAUGAAUUGUUCUAUUAAAAUAUAAAUAUAAUAAA